UUUGUUUUGCUGGUUAAGGUGGACUUCACAGACAGUUUUAGAAAGGAAGAGAACCAGAAACGUACAGGACACAGGCCGCUAAUAUUAUUUUUUAAAGAUUGCGAUUUCGACAUAAGCUUGUUCAGUAUUUAAUUAUCAUACGAGACUGUUGUCGUUAAUCAGUAAUAGGCGUGUUUGCCUUAAAAACGAAGCUGUUUGACCUCCGAGAAAUAUGCCUUCAGAAAAGACGUUUAAACAAAGGAGGACAUUUGAACAGCGAGUGGACGAUGUUAGACUGAUCCGAGAACAGCACCCCAAUAAGAUCCCUGUGAUCAUCGAAAGGUACAAGGGUGAGAAACAGCUGCCCAUCCUGGACAAGACAAAGUUCCUGGUUCCCGACCACGUCAACAUGAGCGAGCUGAUCAAAAUCAUCAGGAGGCGCCUGCAGCUGAACUCCAACCAGGCCUUCUUCCUGCUGGUGAACGGACACAGCAUGGUGUCGGUGUCCACGGCCAUCUCCGAGGUGUACGAGCGCGAGAGGGACGAGGACGGCUUCCUCUACAUGGUCUACGCCUCUCAGGAGACGUUCGGCGGGGACGCCGGCCUGUAAACUCCCCGACCGCCGCCACGGCCCUCACGCCCCGUAUAGGUCAUCGCCAGAACUCCCAUCCCCGUUUGGAACUACAGACAGGUUCCCCCUUCCCAAACACCACCCAUGCCCGACCAUCCCCCAUCCCAAAACGAGACAGAAAUAGGAGCCCAUCAGACGCACACACACCCCUCCUCCCCCCCCCCCCCCC